UGGUUUCUGUGGGGUUGUGACUAAAGGCACCAAGAGGAGCUGGGGGGCCCCUUCUCCUAAUCCUUGAUGCCACCCAGCCCAGCCCUAUUGGGAUUGAGUGGGUCUGGGUGACCAGGAACUGGGCACUGAGAUAAACUUGUUUGGCUACAUCUUAUCUUUUUAACUAGGCUGGGAGCUCCCUGGGGAUUUGGACUUUGACUCCAAGGUGUGCUUCUGCCAUACAGUGGAAGUUGAGGGGUCUGCCUGUGGAUUCUGGGGGUGGGGGAUUAGUCUCCCAGUAGGCGUCUGGUCCUGCCCCACAUUUGGAUGGAGAUCCUAGUUUGGGGAGUGAUGAGUGAAUGUGGCAGAAAAUACCAAGCAGGAGUUCACCUUGGCCUUCUCUACCUACCCCAAGAUUGAGGGGGUGUCACUGGGGGUUCAGUAAACAGCAUGCUGAGAAGUUUACGCUGGGAUAUCGAGGGCCACCUGUCUCCUCUCAGAGAGCCAUCUCCUGCUCGGCAUAGGUGGGGGCUUCCUCGAUGGAGAGGGACAGGGUCUUUUUGCUCUGAGUGAUCUGCUGAUGCCCUUACCUUUUUGACUGACGUUCUAUGAAUGGUGUACCUUGGCAGUGGGUCCUGAGGUUGGACCUUCUUGGUUUCCUUAAGCCUGUCCUGGAGAGACACUCACAAGCCCCCUCUCCCCCCACCCCCCCAGAGACUGAGCCCGCAGCUCCUGCCAUCCCUCUGGCUGCUUCUUGGAGCCCACCCAGCCCAGCCUGACCAAUGUCCACAGCCAGGGAGCAGCCCAUCUUCAGCACACGGGCGCAUGUGUUCCAGAUUGACCCAGCCACCAAGCGGAACUGGAUCCCCGCGGGCAAGCACGCACUCACUGUCUCCUACUUCUACGAUGCCACCCGCAAUGUCUACCGAAUCAUCAGUAUUGGGGGUGCCAAGGCCAUCAUCAACAGCACUGUCACCCCCAACAUGACCUUUACCAAAACCUCCCAGAAGUUCGGGCAGUGGGCAGACAGUCGCGCCAACACGGUUUAUGGCCUUGGCUUUGCUUCUGAGCAGCAUCUGACCCAGUUUGCUGAGAAGUUCCAGGAAGUAAAGGAAGCAGCGAGGCUCGCCAGGGAGAAAUCUCAGGAUGGGGGGGAGCUCACCAGUCCAGCCCUGGGGCUCGCUGCCCACCAGGUGCCCCCAAGUCCCCUCGUCAGCGCCAACGGCCCCGGCGAUGAGAAACUGUUCCGUAGCCAGAGCGCGGACGUCCCCGGCCCCGCGGAGCGCGAGCGGCUCAAGAAGAUGCUGUCGGAGGGCUCGGUGGGCGAGGUGCAGUGGGAGGCCGAGUUCUUCGCGCUGCAGGACAGCAAUAACAAGUUGGCGGGCGCCCUGCGAGAAGCCAACGCCGCGGCCGCCCAGUGGAGGCAGCAGCUGGAGGCCCAGCGCGCGGAGGCCGAGAGGCUGCGGCAGCGGGUAGCUGAGCUGGAGGCCCAGGCAGCCGCCGAGCAACCCUCAGCCAGCGAGAAGGAAGGGAGCCAGGCACUGGAGCAGCUGGAGGCAUUAGUGCAGACAAAGGACCAGGAGAUCCAGACGCUGAAGAACCAGACUGGUGGACCACGGGAGGCCGUGGAUGCCACCGAGCGGGAGGAGACGCAGCAUAAAGUGCAGGACCUGGAGACCCGCAAUGCUGAGCUGGAACACCAGCUGCGGGCAACGGAGCGCAGCCUGGAGGAGGCGCGGGCCGAGCGGGAACGAGCACGGGCUGAGGUGGGCCGGGCCGCACAGCUGCUGGACGUCAGGCUGUUUGAGCUGAGCGAGCUGCGAGAGGGCCUUGCCCGCCUGGCUGAGGGCACCCCCUGAGCCUGGCUGCAGGGUCUGCGUGGGAGCUGGGGGCCUGCAGGAGCUGGUUUCAGACGCAUGAUUCCCGCCUGGAGCACGAGGCGGGCCGCGGGCGGCACAGUGGGUCAUUCACCCUGGCAGGGACCGGGGGGCCCAACUCGGCCUGGGGAGGACCCGGCCACAGUGCCCCAGCUGGCCCUGGCCACUCACAGCUCAGGGGCCGUUUAGGGGGCUUUUCAUUGUGUAGAAUUUCUAGAAUCCUCAGGGCGUGCGCUGGCGCCCAGAUUACAUUUCUAAGAGCG